GGGCCACAGAACUGUUACUUAGGGCCACAGAAUUGUUACUCGCACAGACACAGAAUUGUUACUCAGGGACACAGAAUUUGUUACUCAGGGACACAGAAUCGUUACUUGGCAGCCUCGUCGUCAUCAGGCAAUUUCUUCCGCAUCAUCAGGAGAAGAAGGGUGGCAGCUUGGCAGCGAGCAAAACAGUCGGAAUUGUUACCCAGAGACAGACAGCAGUUACAGGGGCGCACAGCACUGUCAGUGGAGCCAAAGGCCACGAGGAGUAGAGCACCAGCUCCACUGCAGCCUACCACCACGGCCAGUAGUGGUGCCGGUGUGCACGGAGGAAGCAGC